UUUUUUAUUGUUCGUGGCCACGUAUAUGCAGGUUACCUGUUAUGCCGAAAAGGCGAGGGGCUAUUUGAUUGGUUAUUUGAUAUCCCUGGUGUUUACUCGGUUACCUAUCAGCCCUACGUUGGAGAUGAAAUCCCGGAAUGUGGUGCCAAAAACAAUGCCUAAACAAAAUCCGAAUGCCUCUUUUUCCUCUUUUGCCGUUCCAAUCAGUCUAUCCAAUGCUCCUUAUGCAAAUAGUGGCAUAACACGUAACCACACAUAACACACACAUAACGCAACUGGGCAAAGCGUCAGAGCCCAAGUCAUUUACAGUAGGUAACCCGCUAAGUGACGUGGGCAUAACCACGUAGUGCAUCCGUAGUGCUUCUGUAGUGCAUCUAUAUUGCAUCCAUAUUGCAUCCAUAUUGCAUCCAUGUGAGUUUAUUAGGGCUUGUCCACCGGGAGCCGGGAGUACCUAUAGGUAGGUGUACAGACACUCCAAGCCAAGAUGUCCCCAACAGUCCGAACACAACCUACUCCGGGCAUUAUGUCCCUCAUAACGCCUGCUAUCUUUUUUCUUGCAGCUUUGUCUGGAAGCUAUCUAUUUUCUUUUAGAGCACGACGCUCAAGACCUCAUGGCCUGACUCGUGAUUUAAUGUCAAGUUCUCGAUCGCGAGGCUUUGACUACGAUGAUAUAGAUGAAGAUGCAACUGCCGACGCGCUAUCGCGACAUCUCAUCUACGAUUCCGCCGAGGAAGAUGACUACCUUAUGGUAUUUGACAAGCCUCAAUUUCGAACACAAUUCGGAGUAGGACCUGGCGCUGCCGUACGCGGAUACCCUAGCUAUGGCGGAGUCUACGUGCUUCACUGCACAGCUGUCGAGCUCGAUUUCUUGAACCUAGACCGAUUCCACAUCGCCAUGAGGUCUCCAGAUCAAGCAGAAGAAGACAGGCAUUGUGGGAAUAUGCGAAAACUAGGAGCUACCUGGUGGGAGAGCGAAGAUGCAUACAGGAGGAAUUUCAUGAGCCCGGACAGAUACAACCAGCCCGUCGUCUAUGUCGGAUGGCCUGCAGGCGGUGGUGUCUGGGUUCUGAGAACAACACACGGAGACGCGUCGUCGAGAGGAAUCGGCAGGAUCAACAACACCUACAACAUGGAAGAACGAUGCCGUUUAAUUAAACAACUGGGCGGAUCCUACUAUGAGCACCCAGAAGACGGCGUGAACCUCGUGUUCUAAGCAGUUCUUAAGCGUGAUGGGAGGAAAUGGCUCGGGUUAUACAGGGAGAUUCUCCACACCGCCUCGUCGGACCGCAUCAUUAAAUGUGACCCAUAUCGUCGGCGCAUCAUCAUCAUCAUCAUCAAAAACAACAACGAUACCAAAACAACAUAAUCACCCUCACUUUCUGAUAUACCCAUUUUCUUCCC